UUAUACUAUAUUACACCUCUUUCUUCUAUAUCCAACUAUUCACUUCUCCUGCAAAAUCUAUACCAGUAGUUCAAGAGUUAAUCCACAGCAAAAUGGGCAGCCUUCCGUUCACUACAUCCGAUCUUCAAACGAGCACAAGUGGGGUUCCGAGUAGUCCAACGCUGCUAUGUACGCCAUUGAUGGGAACAACAGUGGACCAGAUGUUCAUUGAGAUGCGAAAAGCCAAGGAAAUUGGUGCAGACAUUGUUGAGAUCCGCCUCGACUGUUUGAGAAACUUCAAUCGCCGCCAAGAUCUUGAAAUUCUUAUUAAACAGUCUCCCCUGCCCACUCUUGUCACUUAUAGACCAAUUUGGGAAGGAGGUCAAUAUGAAGGUGAUGAAAACAAGAGACAAGAUGCACUUCGUUUGGCAAUGGAACUCGGAGCAAGUUAUAUUGAUGUUGAGCUUGAGGUUGCUCAUGACUUCAACAUGUCAAUUUCUGGAAAGAAGCCUGAUAACUUCAAAGUCAUUGUUUCUUCCCACAAUUUCCACAACACACCAUCGGCCGAGGCUAUUGGCAAUCUGGUGGCAAGAAUACAAGCUACUGGAGCUGACAUAGUGAAGAUUGCAACUACUGCAUUAGAUAUCACUGAUUGUGCACGCAUUUUCCAGAUAAUGGUGCAUUCUCAAAUUCCAACAAUUGGGAUUGUUAUGGGUGAGAGGGGUUUGAUUUCUCGAUUACUUAGUCCCAAAUAUGGUGGAUAUCUCACUUAUGGUGCACUUGAGGCUGGUGCUAUUUCAGCUCCUGGCCAACCAACAGCAAAGGACUUGCUGGAUUUAUACAACUUCAGACUUAUAAACCCCGAUACUAAAAUCUAUGGCAUUAUUGGGAAACCUGUUGGCCACAGCAAGAGUCCUCUUUUAUUUAAUGCAUCAUUCAAGUCAGUUGGUAUGAAUGCAAUUUAUCUUCAUUUCCUGGUGGAUGAUGUGGCAAAGUUUUUCAACACCUAUUCAACCCCUGAUUUUGGUGGAUGCAGCUGUACAAUCCCUCACAAGGAAGCUGCACUUAAAUGCAUGGAUGAUAUUGAUCACAUUGCCAAGAAAAUUGGAGCCAUCAAUAACAUUUGCCAUAGACCGGACGGGAAGUUGUAUGCUUUUAACACUGACUACAUCGGUGCCAUUUCUGCUAUCGAGGAUGGACUAAGAGAAUUAAACGGAAAAGCUCCUGGAACUGAAUCACCCUUAGCUGGUAAACUACUUGUUGUUCUCGGAGCUGGUGGUGCCGGCAAGUCACUUGCCUAUGGUGGUGCACAAAAGGGAGCAAGAGUUGUCGUGGCCAAUCGCACAUUUGAAAGAGCUAAAGAACUCGCUGACAAAGUCGGGGGAAAAGCUAUGACUCUUAAAGAAGUGGAGCAUUUCCAUCCUGAAGAAGGAAUGGUUCUUGCAAACACUACAUCUGUGGGAAUGAAGCCUAAAAUUGAUGAAACCCCCUUGCCCAAGCAUGCCCUGAAACAUUAUUGCUUAGUAUUCGACGCCAUUUACACGCCAAAAGACACCAGGCUCCUGAGGGAGGCAAAAGAGACUGGAGCUGUCAUUGUUUAUGGGACAGAAAUGUUGAUCCGCCAAGGCUUUGAACAAUACAAGAACUUCACUGGUUUGCCUGCUCCAGAAGAAUUGUUUAGGCAACUCAUGGAGAAACAUGCAUAACAGGGAAUGUGCUUCGUUUUUGCUGAAAAUCGUCCGUUUCUAUCCAAGCUAAAGUGUUUAAAAUUUUGCAUUAUAGGAGUAGCUGUUAAGUUAUGUUGUUGUAUUAAUAAAAAUUGAAUAUGGAAUGGGAGAACAACUUUUCUUUUGAACGAUC